AGCUGCUGCAUGCUACACGGAGGUUAAAACUGUCCAUUACCACAGACCAUGGUAUUGUUCCUGUUGGUGGUGGUAUUAUUGCACCCAUUACCGCUGGAUUUGGCGUCCUUACUAUACUGUGACAAGACGUUGUUGUCCGGGCUACUAUGGCAGCAACUGCGAUAUCCCAAGUUGUAGUUGUCAAAAUGGAGGGACCUGUGUAGCUCCAAAUGUAUGUAGAUGUCCAAGUGGAUAUACUGGAAAUUCGUGUCAAACACCAAUAUGCCCUGGUGGGUGCCGGAAUGGUAACUGUGCGAGUCCUAACUAUUGUAGAUGCUAUGGAGGAUAUUCAGGAACUGACUGUUCCACUCCUGUUUGUAAUCCAUCAUGUAAUAAUGGAGGAACUUGUGUCAGCCCUAACACGUGCAGAUGUCCAUCUAACAGAGCAGGACCAACCUGUAAUGAACCCUUGUGUAAUCCUGAGUGUUUGAACGGUGGUACAUGUAACCAACAACAUAAAUGUAACUGUCCGGCUACAUACACGGGAUCAAGAUGCGAAACACCUACCUGCAACCCAUCAUGCAAAAAUGGUGGCUCUUGUGUGUCACCAAAUACCUGUAGUUGUCCGGCAACCUACACAGGAGGGAGCUGUGAAAAUCCACUUUGCGCUCACCACGAUCCUUGCUUUCCUGGGGAAUGUAGGAACUUGUUACAGUGUACGUGUUUAUCUGGUUUUUCUGGCGAGCACGGGCUUGAUAGAUGUAAUAAUUUUGAAGCCGACAAUACAGCUAUCAUAACCAAGUGUUCAGCAUUUCUAGCAAACAUUGAAAGAACCGGUAAAAAACGUGAGAUGUAUCGAUUCAUGACGGACUCUUCUGAGCCUAAUUCUACGGAGGUAGACAUGCUUUGGCUGAGCCAAAAAAACUAUAAUUAUAUAAAUGCUGAUUUCAGUGCGAUCUAUGUUCAACCUGAUAUCACGACCCAGCCAGAUUACAUAGAGGAAUUUAAGUUUGGAAUUAUCGGUGGAUGGUUGCAGUUGGAUCUGACUAAAGUUCCCCGGAAUACGUCAGGCAAAGCAUUUGUCAGCUUAAAUAGCACAACUUAUCCAUGCAGUAAUCAGCCAGGAUCCUUGAAUCCAGAAACAUCGGUCUAUUCCUGCAACGUUACACACUUCGACUUUGACAGACUUCUAGAGGACGGCGAUAAUUUAACAGUAACAGUCAUUGCCCUUAAUGGGGGAUAUCGGAAACUGAAAACAUCACGAACUUCAACGAACGCAACGUAUUUUGUUGGUCGCAAUUCUAGUAAGUCGAUGAUGUACCGUUUCGACUUUCGAAAGCCGCAUCACUGUAUCUUGGAUACUCAACUGUCUUGUUCCUCAAAACCGUUCAUGGUACAUGAAGAUAUCACUAAGAAUCCGAUUCGAUUUUCAUGGGACGGAUGGGAAGAUGUACUCUCUGGAAUUGGAAAGUACACUAUUCAAGAAUUUCUACUGCAACCAAACCAGAAUGUGAAUCCAAGUUUAACAGAACCAGAUCCUUGGAGUCCAACCAAGACAUUUACUUUCAACACAACCGUACGAACGUUUUCCUACACCCCAAGCCAGCCUGGAAUGUACUCAUUUAUACUAAAUGUCGUAGACAGAGCUAAUAACUCUGAAUAUGCACGGACCCUUGUCCUUUAUGACAACACUUCAUCAAUCACAACGGACGAGGCUUUUCCAAUUAUUUCAACAAGUGCUGUAAAGGAGACGAAUUAUCAGUGGCAAAAUAACUUGACGAAUGAUAUAACAAUAUCAUGGAAGGGACAUUUUAGAAACGUUUUACAUGAAAAUGAAAAAUUUUUGAUUCCCGUGACGGAUUAUAGUCAUUUUGAUCAUGAUAAAAAGUUUGAAAAACUUGUUCUUUCUAAAUUAGACGAUAAUGAUGGCAACAGAACAUUAAAUGCUAUAAGAAACAUUCACGGAAUCGUCAAAUUUGAAUACGACUUUGGUAAUGCAAAUCAAGGAAGUCAGGCACCAACAAACUGGCAACCUAUUAAUGACUUAACUGAAACCGUAACGUUCUUUAUUCCUAGACGUAACGGAGACACCUUAAACGUCUGGAUCAAAGCCACGGACGUUUUAGGAAAUAAGGAAGUCGAUUUAAUGCAUGUUUAUUUCGAUGAAACCCCACCAGCAAAUCUUACAACUGGUGAUGUUAGGUUCAUACCAAAUCUGAAGAAUUCAACAUUUCCUUUUACAAGUCGAUUACUCGUUAAUACACAUGACAAGAAUAGUGGAAUACACAAAAUUGACUGGGCAUUUUUGUCUAAUCAAACUGGGGAUCUUUUCAAAUCUGGUUCUAUACCUGGAAACAAAACAAAUGUAAGACAUUAAGAAGAUAGCAUGUUAUAAUUUGGAAUACUUGUAAGUGUAGAGUAGUAUUUCAAGAAGCUUUAUAUAUGUGUAAGUGUG